AUGACUAGUUCUGGUGUUAUUCAUUUGUUAGAAACAUUAAAGAAGUAUAAUUUAGAAAAUGAUAAACUUGCUGAAUACGCUAUUUUGUGGUUAAGUUAUAAACUAAAUAAAAAGCCAAAAAAUAAUUUUACCAAUUUAAACGAAUUUUAUACUAAAUAUAUAGUAAAUAAUAAUGAUUAUAAUAAGAUAAUAAAUGAUAAUGAUAAUGAUAGCAUGACUUAUAAAGACAUUAUAAAUAAAAAAAAAGAUUUGUUGAAUAUGAAUAUUAAUGAAAUAUCUAAAUUUAAUGGCUUAUUUAGUAUAUUAUUAUUAUUGUAUAUAUUAAUUGGUGAUGAAUAUUGGGAUUCCACAGAAUAUCCAAAGUAUGCUAUAAAUUUUGCUAAUAAAUUUGAAGAACUCAAUAAAGAUUCUAAUAAUAUAGAAAACAGUUCAUAUAAUAAUUUAUUAUCUACAUUAUCAAAUGAUUAUAAUAAUUUAAAAAAUAUAUGUAAUCAUGGUAGAUGUACCAAUUUUCCAUCUCUUCCAAAAAUAGAACCUAAAAAAAAUUUUGCACAAAUAUUGGAGCAGACUUCUGAAUCUACAUCAUCAAGUUCGUCGAUAUUAAAGACAGUAAUUCCAGGUUUAUCGACAUUUUCUGUAAUACCAGUUUUCUUUGGAAUUGCUUAUAAGACAAUAUAUAAAAAAAAAAUUAAAAAAAAUAAAGAAGAAAAUGGAACUUAA